CCGACUAGUACCAGUAAGAUCACGAUGAACGAACGAAUCAUCUGCCUUGGCUGCUUCUCCAAGUAAAAAACCAUAAGCCCUCCUUAAAUCCCUAGCGUCUAAACCCCAGAAGCAGUGCAAUCUGAUAACCUGAUUUUGCGGAUCCUUGAUCGGAGAAUGGGUUUGACGAAUUUCAUAUUGACGGUGGCCGGAGUAGGCGCCGUCGUGAUGCUAUUGAGGAGCGACGUCAAGCAAUCUGCCACCGUCUUCAAGCGCAACGUCAAGCACAUCCGCCACUGGCUCGAAGAAGAAACUUCCGCCGCCUCCAAGGCAGCGCAGUCCAUAAAACCAAAGGAGAUUGAAACAAAGGUUCCGGGGAAGGACAUUCCAAAAGAGAAGGAUUAACACGAAGGGUCUUUGUUGGACUUGGCUUUAUGCAACACCAUUGUCUACUACUUAGCUGUGAAUUUUGGUUUUAUCUUUAAAGGUUUUUGUUUUCUGUCAUAAGUCUCACCUCUUGACGUUUGAGCAUUCUUGGAAGUGAAACAUAAUAAUAGCAUAGGAUCUUCUUUUGUAAUGACAUCGUUUUCCCAAGAGAUUGUUCUAAAUAUCUGAUAUUUUUAAUUGAACUACUCAUUUUGCAGCAGUUAUUGUAUUUGUUUUCUGUGACA